AUGACUGAUGAAAUUGUGUGGAUUGAUGUUGACUAUUCAUCUACAACAGAUAACUGUAAUUCUAAUGAUAUUAAGGAUAUUAACAAAAUAGAAAACGAUAAUGUAGAGGAACAAAAUAAUGAGGAAGAAAAUAAAUCACCUGAAGAUUAUGAAGAUGAACAUUUAAAUGAAUGCCAAAAUAGAUUAAGAAAUAAUAUUAAGGAAGCUCUUCAUUUAUUAGAUCAAUUAAAUUUUGAACCAAAAAAAAGAAAUUAUGAUUUAUUAAUGAAUGAUGAAAAGAUUACAUCACCAAUAAGUAAAGAUAAAGAUCAAUCAAUUUCAUCAUCAAUAACAUCUAAAAGUAGUGUAUUUUGUAAUUUUCAAUUAACUGCAAACAGUUAUGAAAUUAAUGAUAUUGAAAUGGAAACACCAAAUGCAAUUUUAAUGAUCCCAAAUACACCAAAUAUUGUAAUAUCUGAUAAUAGUAAAGGAAUAAUUAUUUAUGAUAUGUCAACAAAAAUUCAAAAAACAAUUAAAAAAGAAACAUGGAGAUAUUGUCAAGGAUUAGCAUAUGAUUGGAGAAAAGAAGAAAUUUAUACAAUUAUAACAAAAAAAGAUGAUUCAAUUCCUCAUAGUCCAACAAAUUAUUUAACUAUCCUUGAUCAAAAUACUUUUGAAAUAAAAGAUAGUAUUGAAUUACCAAAAAUAUUACAAGAAAUAAAAUUAAAUAAAAUUAAGAUAACUUUAGCACCAAAUGGUAUAUUAUAUAUGUCAUUAAAUAGUCAAGGAUGUGGAAGUUUAUUUGAAUAUGAACCAAAAACUAAAAAAUGGACAGAAAUAGCUAUAAAAAGAGGACAUUUUUAUAUAGAUAUUAUUGUUUUAAAAAUUAUUGAUUCAAUUACUGAAAUAUUACUUCUUGAAGAAUCAAAAGGAUAUAUAGUUAUGGAAAGUAUUUGGAAUUCAAUGUCAGCAGCUCGUGGAAUCAUAUCACCAGUCAUAAAACCAACAGCAUUAACAUCAUCAUUUGGUAGUGGUAGAAUAUUUGUUAUUGAUAAUAGUAUAUCAUCUGCUGUUGAAUUAAGUAAAGAAAAUUUUGAAAAAAUUAAAAAUAUUGUUCUUGUAGAAUCAGGAAAAAAUUUGAUGUAUGCAAUGGAAAGAUAUCUUAUUAUAUUAAAUAUUGCCAAAAAAAAUAUAAAAUUACAAUUGGUAUAA